GACAAUAUCCGUUCCUUAACUAUGUCUGGCCAUGUUGGUUUUGAGAGUUUGCCUGAUCAGCUGGUCAAUAGAUCCAUUCAGCAAGGCUUCUGUUUUAAUAUUCUUUGUGUGGGGGAAACUGGAAUUGGGAAAUCAACACUGAUUGACACAUUGUUUAAUACUAACUUUGAAGACCAUGAAUCCUCACAUUUUUGCCCACAUGUUAAACUUAAGGCUCAGACGUAUGAACUCCAGGAAAGCAAUGUUCGAUUGAAGUUGACCAUUGUGAAUACAGUGGGAUUUGGUGACCAAAUAAACAAAGAAGAGAGCUAUCAACCCAUCGUUGACUACAUAGAUGCUCAGUUUGAGGCCUAUCUCCAAGAAGAACUGAAGAUCAAACGGUCUCUGUACAACUAUCAUGACUCUCGCAUCCAUGUGUGCCUUUACUUCAUUUCCCCUACUGGUCACUCUCUGAAGACACUUGAUCUCUUAACCAUGAAGAACCUUGACAGUAAGGUGAACAUUAUACCAGUGAUUGCCAAAGCAGAUGCGAUUUCUAAAAGUGAAUUACAGAAAUUCAAGAUCAAGCUCAUGAGUGAGUUGGUUAGCAAUGGUGUCCAGAUAUAUCAGUUCCCAACAGAUGAUGAGACCAUUGCUAAAAUCAAUUCUUCAAUGAAUGCACAUUUACCAUUUGCUGUUAUAGGAAGUAUGGAUGAGGUCAAAGUUGGAAACAAGAUGGUCAAAGCUCGUCAGUAUCCAUGGGGUGUCGUACAAGUGGAAAAUGAGAACCAUUGUGACUUUGUAAAGCUCCGAGAAAUGCUCAUUUGUACAAAUAUGGAAGAUCUUCGAGAACAAACUCACACUAGACACUAUGAACUUUACAGGCGUUGCAAACUGGAGGAGCUGGGCUUUAAAGACAUGGGCCCAGAGAACAAGCCAGUCAGUCUUCAAGAGACUUACGAAGCCAAAAGACAUGAAUUCUACGGUGAACGCCAGAAGAAGGAAGAUGAGAUGAAACAGAUGUUUGUGCAACGAGUAAAGGAGAAGGAAGCCAUAUUGAAAGAAGCGGAAAGAGAGCUGCAGGCCAAAUUUGAACAUCUUAAAAGAGUUCACCAAGAAGAGAGAAUGAAGCUUGAAGAAAAGAGAAAACUUUUAGAAGAAGAAAUAAUUGCUUUUUCUAAAAAGAAAGCAUCCUCUGAAAUAUUCCAAAACCAAUCUUAUUCUGUUCCUACUGGUAGUAAGAGGGAAAAGGAUCGAAAAAAGUAA